CUAGCAGGCUACGUAGCAGCGAAGUGGCACGAACACACGUGCGCGUAGCCGGUCGGUCGUGUCACACAAUCUCAAAGACAUUUUAUGAAAACGGUGUGGGUGACUCGCGCGUGUGCGUGGAUUAUUUUCGCUUAUGCCGCGCGGCGCACGCAAUCUCAGAAGUGGCUCUCGCGUUGACAGCUACCGAACGAUUCCCAGUUUUCGCCGGUUCCCUCGGCUAUUCGGCUCGAUUCCACAGAUCUGUACCGUCGGGACCGCGGGAGGAAGACCCGGCCGCGGUGUUCAUAUUACGCAACGCGACGGACGUGAUACCGCGCGGGACGUCGUCGUCGUGGAGAAACGAGCGGAACGACAGGAAGAACGCCGGGAAUUAUGAAUGAUACUCGCGACUCGGGUGACCGCGAGACGGGAACACGGGAACCCAGGCUGGAAAUAGCGUGCAAUCUCCGGACGGAUACGUACGAGGCGAAUGGACAAACACGCUCGUCGCAUGCAUCGUUCGUUAUGCACCGACGCGCCGUCGUUCAAUUGUGACGAAGAGAAAACUGGGACCGGUUCGCCGAUUAGCAGAACUUUCGUCCGACUGGCAAAUACGAUUUCAAUUAAGAACCGAGCGAUCGGUGAAAAUCCUUGAACAAGGGAUUGCUCGAAGUUUAAGGAAUUCACUAGUGAACUGUGACGGAUGAACAAUUGACUGUGCAAAGGAGACGCAAAACGUUCGUGAACUGUCAGAUAAAAAAGGGUAAAUUAAAACAGAAAAUGUGUACCUUGGCAAUCAGUGGGAAUCUCCGAUAGGACAGUUUGCCAUGCACUAACUCUGCGACCGGAGAUUACCUGGAGACCGACGUCGAUUUUUUCAACAUAAUAUCGCGUUCACGAUGGACGGUUACAGGAAAGUGAUAAGAAUGACGAAACGGGCCGGGAAUAAACGAUAGAAUGUACUUAAGCGUGCGAUCGCGGUGUACGAGAAAUCGUACGGGGCGCGCGGUCGAGGCCGUGGAACUCGGUCCGGUCGUUCGAAUUUUAACGCGUGUGUCACGUUUUGCAUUGCAAACGGUGGAACUUAACGCUCUCCGUAUUGGUCUACUGUCUACUCCGCGUAAUUCAGUACAACGGUGCCUCGCGAUAAUCUCUUAUCAAAUCGUGAUACGCGAUCGAAAUAUGUAUUACGAAAUUUAAAAAAAAGCCACUGAAAAUACUUCCGAAUGGACGCCUAAGACUUACUGGACUAACAAUGAUUAAAUGAUAUAUUUGAACUUUGUUCGAUCUCCGAUGCUAUCUGUCAUAAGUUUUUUCCGACCUCGAGUGUGCAACUCUUCUGCCACUACGAAUUGUGUGCAGUAAUAGUUACUAAAUAUACUUUAUUCAUUGUGAGCGACAAUUAUCGUUCACUGGUAAUCGGAAACUUAAUUCACAAGCGUAGAAACGUGUGUUAGUUUAUCCUGCAGCUAUGCAGUCUUAUGACAGUACGUAUAUCGAAACAAAUGUGCCAUUGAUACAAUAGUCUUCCUUUAAUUGAAAGGAGAAAAUUUGUCAAUCAUAUAAUUGGAGAGGUACAAACUGAAUCUGCACUUGAGAAAAGAAGCGAGCAAUUUAUAAAUAUAGAAGAGACACGAGAGAGGAGAGACAGUCGUCGAGCGAAAUGCUAAUGAUAGAAAAGGAUUCGCUCGCUGUGGACGAAGGUACAAACGAGGAAUCGGAUGAGCGUACGACGCCCACCACGGAGCCAUUGAACGAGUUACUGGCAAACACCACCGCGACGAUUCCACCGGUCGCGGUCAAACUGUGCGACGAUUCCGCGGACGAGAUCACCGGAAGGGGAAACAACGAGAAACAGAAGCAGAAGGGUAUCCUUAGUAAUUUCCAACGGAGGACGUUCAGUAGGAUCAGCUUCAAAGGGGAAACCGGACCUCUACUGAGCAGAUAUCGGCAAACUAGGUUCAGUUCGCGAAGGAUACGGAAAAGGGUGGUGUUCAAGCACGGCGAUUGCAACGUCGUACAAGGAAAUGUCGCCAAGCGGCGACGUCGUUACCUUCAGGAUAUUUUUACAACUCUGGUGGACGCGCAAUGGCGUUGGACGCUGCUGGUAUUUUCCAUGAACUUCCUGCUCUCCUGGCUGGGUUUCGCCCUGGUAUGGUGGCUAAUCGCAUACAGCCAUGGGGACCUGAACCCAGACAAUUACACCAAUCCGAACAUAUCGUUCACCCCGUGCAUCGUCGACAUCCGCGGGUUCACCAGCUCGUUUCUGUUCUCCAUCGAGACGCAGCACACGAUUGGGUAUGGUUCGAAGCACCCGACGGACGAGUGUCCCGAGGCUGUUGUCGUCAUUUGCAUCCAAUCGAUGACGGGCGUGAUUUUACAAGCGUUCAUGGUCGGCAUAGUCUUCGCGAAGCUAUCGCGACCGAAGAAGAGGACUCAGACUCUUCUAUUCUCAAGGAACGCAGUGAUUUGUCAAAGAGAUGGUCAGCCCUGUCUCAUGUUUCGUGUCGGCGACAUGAGGAAAAGUCACAUCAUUGAGGCUCACGUCAGAGCUCAGAUGAUUAAAAGAAAGGUUACUAGAGAGGGUGAGCUGUUACCGUUCUUCCAAACGGAGUUGAAAGUGGGCGGUGACGGCGAGGAGGACAAGAUUUUCUUUAUUUGGCCAACGACGAUUGUACACAAAAUCGACGAGCAGUCGCCGCUUUAUCACAUAUCAGCCAGCGAUAUGCUGCGAGAGCGGUUCGAGAUCGUCGUGAUAUUGGAAGGUGUGAUAGAAUCCACUGGCAUGACGACUCAAGCUAGGAGCUCCUAUCUACCGUCUGAGAUUCUAUGGGGCCACAGAUUCGAGCAUAUAAUCACGUUUAAGAAAGAGACUGGGGAGUACGAAGUGAAUUAUACGCUUUUUAAUAAUACCUACGAGGUCGAUACGCCGUUAUGUUCGGCGGCAGACCUGGACAAGAUUCGAACUAUGCAACGUGCUAAAGGAGAACGUAUGAGCAAUAGUGGCUUUGCACACUACCGCGACACGUCCAGCAGUUCGUUGACCACCGGAUCUGGUUCGAGCCUGGCAUCGUCGACGGGUGGCCUGCACAUGAACGUGCCGAUGACGCCGCUGACUCCGAUACCAGUAAUGAUCACUAGCCCCGACGGCUCUUUGAGACGCGAGAGCAUGCAGAGUGUGCAAACAGAACCGAGACCCCCGAUGUUUUACACGCAGAACGAGUUGUCGGACAGCGAUCACCACUCCGUAGGUCCUACGUUAGACGAGCAGAGGAAGCAAGAGGAUUACAACCGCGUGUUGGGAGAUAUAAACGCAGAGUUAAGGAAAAAUCGAGCGCCUAGCAAGGAGGACAGAAGGGUGCAUAGGGAGGCGUCCAAGUGUACCCUAGAUUCGAGGAAAAGCGAGUCCAUGGGCACGAUGAAGAGGUCCAGCUCGAGGACGAUGUUAGAUCAAGUUCCUGUUAUUAAUCCACCGCCGAGGACACCCUCGCGGCAGCAUUUAGAAGCCAGACAUACCAAAUUCGUAGAAACGGAGAUGUACUACGAGCCAUCGCAUCACCAGCAACCCCCGUCGAGGAAGUCAAGCCUAGGCGACAACCAUAAAUCUAAUAUGCAUAAGAAGACCAGUUUCGUCCUAGGGGACGAUGACCAUGUGAUAGGGAUCGAACCCGAGAUCUCGAAGGUGUCACCGGGUCACCAAGAGCCGUUGGACACUGAUUCAUCCAAAGCGAAUCAUCAUCCUCGGAAUAGGCACCCUCAGGAGCAAGUAUAAGGGACAAGGAACGUCGGUAUUCCGCGAACGGAAGGGCGGUGUGAAUGCCGGUGGAAAGUGAGAGGAAGCGAAGGAACGAUGGCAGAAA